CCUUAGACCAUGCUGUAGUUGUUGAAAUGUCGUUGGUUACGAUGGUUCUAAGUAUUUUGAUGAAAGCUUAGUCAACAAAAAACAGAAAACAUAUCAACAAGAUUGCAGCCAUUUGUCGUUAAUGUGUGUUUAUUUUUAGAAUCUAAAAUAGACAGGAAUCUUAUAAUUACACACAGGAAUCUUUUUCCUAUUUAUUUUAUUUUCAUAACUAUAGAGUACCACAGUAAGAGUCAUAGUACACAUAAAAAUUAGCGGUCAAACAUGGACAUGGUUCCAAUUGUCUUUCCACCAUACAUUUUUUUUCCAUAGGGGAUUUUUAGAAAUACUUAAAGUAAGGGCUGUGUUUCGUGUAGGCUUACCUUGGCAUGAUGUUUAAAUCUCUCUAGGACAAGUUGACUUUUAUCAAUAUAUUCACCUGUAUUUACCACCCAAAAAUGUAAUGCUAAUUGGUGGCUAAUGUGGCUAUCAUAACGAACUACAAAUGCCAUGAUGACCUGGUCGAGACUGCCGAACCGAUGCAAAGUGCCAACAUUGCAGCUGGAGCAGUUGUGUGUGUAGAGAGUGAAAUUAGAGGAGAUGUGACCAUUGGUCCAAGAACAGUGGUCCACCCGAAAGCACGUAUUAUAGCUGAGGCAGGCCCUAUUAUCAUUGGAGAAGGCAACCUGAUUGAGGAACAGGCUCUCAUCAUUAACAGUUAUCCAGAAAAUAUUAUGCCUGACACUGAAGGAGUUGAACCCAAGACCAUGACGAUUGGAAUCAACAAUGUGUUUGAAGUCGGUUGCGUCUCUCAAGCAUUGAAAAUUGGUGACAACAAUGUCAUCGAGUCAAAAGCGGACCUAGGGAAGAACGUCAUUCUCACCAGUGGCUGUAUCGUCGGCGCUUGUUGCCAGGUUAAUACGUGUGAGGUCAUUCCCGAGAACACAGUCAUCUACGGGUCUAACUGCAUGAGGCGUGUGCAGACAGAAAGGCCUCAGCCUCAGACGCUUCAGCUAGAUUUCCUCAUGAAGAUCCUGCCCAACUACCAUCACAUGAAGAAGACUGUCAAAGGAACCUCCACCCCUGUCAGAAAUUAACCUCUGACUAACCAAAGAUCAGCGUUCUCUGACGCUCACCAGACCUUAACAAUGAAAGGUGUAGAGACUAAAUGUAUCCUAGACCUGAUGUCCUACAGCUAUUGUCCUAGACCACGUAAGAAGUCGUUUCUCUCCUCUGAGGCAUGAGUGCACAUUCCUAGCUUUUCUCAAUUCCCAAUCAUAAGAGAGAGAGCCCAUAUGCAGCACUCCAUUGGGUCAUUAGCUAAACCAAUAGUAAUGCAGUUCCUGGUUUUGUUUCUUAUUUGUCUAUCUUGCACCUUUUUAUUGUAUCAUUUUUUAUUUUUUUGUCUGUUCAACUGUCAUAUGUUGUUUUUCUGUCUUAAAUUUAGCCGAUUCAGUUAUGUUAAUGUAUAUUUUUCAGCUUUGGUUGUUGUGAAAUAAAAAUAUAUUUAAAAGAAACA